CCACGAGGUCCGAAAAUUGCGCAAGAAAAUGCUGCUCGAAGCUGUCCUUCGUGUAAAGGCACGGAUCUUGCCGACGACGAGGGCCAGUUGAUCUGUAAGAACUGCUACACCCAGGUUUCCGAAUCCGAUAUCGUCUCGGACAUCACCUUCGCAGAUGCGGCGAACGGCAAGGCGACCGUCCAGGGUGGUACAGUCAGCGACAACUCCCGUCACGCCCGCACUCUCGGUGCAGGCGCAUUCCACAAAGUUGGCGGUGGCGAGCGGAACACCCUCGCAGAUAUUCAGCAUGCCGGCAAGAAAGCCCUUGAGGCGUUGACGCCCAAGCUUCCCAUCGAAGAGACUGUCGCCAUGCAGGCCAACCAGAUCUGGACACUCGCCGCAAACAUCAAUUUCUCCGCAGGUCGCAAAACAGACGAAGUCGUUGCCGCCUGCUUGUACGCCGCAUGUCGUCGCCAGAAGCAGAACAAGGUCUUGCUCAUGGAUAUUGCUGAGCUGGUCAAGAUCAACGUUUUCAGACUAGGCGAAGUCUACAAGGACAUGUGCCGAGAGCUAUACUUCAACAACGAGAGCGUUGGUCAACAGCACCUCGUCGACCUCGAGCCGCUCAUCUACAAGUACUGCGAUAAGCUGCAAUUUGGGAGCAAGACCCAGGACGUGGCAGCCGAUGCUCUCAAAAUCAUCAAGCGGAUGAAUCGUGAUUGGAUCGUGUCAGGUCGUCACCCAGCUGGACUCUGCGGUGCUUGCAUCAUAUUAGCCGCUCGCAUGAACAACUUUCAGAGAACGGUCCGAGAGGUCGUCUUUGUCUCCAAGGUCGCCGACAUCACCAUUGCAAAGCGUGUGGAGGAGUUUAGGCGGACCAAAAGUGCUGGUCUGACCGUCGAGCAAUUUCGAGAGUAUGGAAACAAGAUGGUGUAUCAGCAUGAUCCGCCGUCGCGCUACGCCAAGGAAGAGCGUCUGCAGAAACUGGCUAACAGACGAGAAGAUGCCAGCAAACGCAAGCGUGAUGACGAACACGAUGGAACCGAGGCCGCGGAUGCUGCGUCAGAAGAUGAAUCACCGCACGAUCGGUAUAAUGCUCCGAAGAGACGUCGCCUGGCUGCCCCUGUCACGGAGGACCCUUCAUUACAAUCACCCGCAGCAGCUACACUCCCGCCGAGUCAAGUCGCUUACCAAGACUGGCGUCUUAGGGCAGACGGCUUUGUCGGACCACCCCGUUCCCAACGAGCGAAUACAGCCGACCCGUCCCUGCGUAACACACGGGAGUCAAGUGUGAUGAGUGAUGCGCCGCCCAAGCGUGGUCGAGGCCGUCCCAAACAGCCCAAGGAGGCACCCGAAGUGGACAUUUCGCAAGAAGAGUUGGACGUGGAAACGUACCUCGAAGAUCAAAUCGACCGGUACCUGGCAGAUGGGGAGGUCCAAGAGUCGAAAAAUGAAGUCGACAAGCUCAAGGAGGAGGAGCGCAUUCUGCAAGAAGAGAAGAGAGCAGCAUUCUUCGGUGCCAUACCUGAAUGGAACCCCGGCGACAAGCUCGACGCUGCUGAUCUCGAAAUGGAGUUCGAGAACGACCUUGAGGUAGCAAAUUGCCUCUUAAGUCCCGAAGAAGUCAAAAUCAAAUCUCAGAUCUGGGUGGCGCAUAAUGAAGACUGGCUUCGAAAACAAGCAGAGAAAGACAUGCUUGCCAAGGUGGCUAAAGCUACUGGUAACGAUCGUGGUCGUGGUAGAAAGGGCAAGAAGCCAAACAAAGGCAAAGGCAAGAAACGUAGCAGGAUGGGAGACGGCACCGUCAUCACCGAAAGCUCGACUCCCAUCGAAACACCUGCAGAUGCGGCGCGCGCAAUGCUGGAGAAACGCGCCCCGAUGAAAUCUCAGUUCGUCGAUUUCUCUGCUCUCCAGAGAAUUUAUGGUCGUACUCCUUCCCGAGCGAGUAGCACCACGCCAGGUGCGAGUGCAAGUCGACAAGGC